AUGGUCGAGGCUGUCCCGGAGAGUCCCCCGAAGCCAGCAGGACGAAACGCUUACGUGGUCGCAGGCGUCCUUUCAGCGGCCUGGGUGCCAGCUCGCUGUCUGCUGCAGCUGCCCCGCGCUCGCCUGCCUGCGGUCGGUCAUCGCUGGCCGGCUGCACCUGAGACGCACGGGGCUGCUCCGAGCCCUCUGAAAACCUGCAGCCUGCUGCGGGGUUGCAGCCCCCUGGCGGGGGCCGUGGGGGAGGCAGGGGCUGCAAGUGGGGGCUGCCCGGUCCUGACCCCCGCUCCCCCCAGGUUCUACGGCGCGCUGCUGGGCUCCAUCUGCGUCCUGUACCUGCUGCCGCUCUGCUGGGUGCUCGCCCUGCUCAACAGCAGCCUCUUCCUGGGCAGCGCCGAGUUCUACCAGGUGGUGCUGGAGUUCAAGGCCACAGUGGAGCAGCAGCUGGGCAUCAGGCCCAUUGAGAGCCCUUCACCCUCACAGCCGGCUGAGAUCGAGGCAGGUGCUGGGGCAGCUGCACCCCUGCCGGAUCGGACACCCACACCCACCAGUGCCGAGGACCUGACGCCUGGCAGCGUGGAGGAGGCAGAGGAGGCAGAGCCUGACGAGGAGUUCAAGGAUGCCAUUGAGGAGAACCAGCUGCUGGGCCUGGAGGACGACGAGAGUUCGCAGUGCUCGGUAGAGUUUGACCUCCCGGACAACGGCUUCCUGAGCAAGAACGAGGUGAUCCGCAGCAAGGUGUCGCGCCUCACCGAGCGCCUGCGCAAGCGCUGCCCCUCCAACAACUUCGGCAGCUGCACCGGUUGUGCUGCCACCUUUUCCGUGCUCAAGAAAAGGCGGAGCUGCAGCAACUGUGGGAACAGCUUCUGCUCCCGGUGCUGCUCCUACAAGGUGCUCAAGUCCUCCAUGGGAGCCACAGCUCCGGAGGCGCAGCGGGAGACAGUGUUCGUGUGUGCGCCUUGCAGCCUGGCUCUUGCCAAGUGAAGUGUGGCGCAUCCUGCCCGGGCCUGCCCUGCCCAGCGCCUGCUGCAGCCGUGGGUGGGGCAGGGGCCUGGCCUGGCCUCCCCAUGGCUGCUUCCUCUGCCGUCUGCCCCUCGCUGCUCUGCAGCCAUCCCUGCCCCAGGCUGGGAAGUGCUGUGGGUACCGGCUUGGCAGCUCCGUUCAGGUGUGUGGGGGCAACGGGCCUAGUGCUGAGUGGAGCCAUGGGGGCAGCUGGCCUGUCCUUGCUCUGCCUGGCUGGGUGUCCCCGGUGUCCUCAGAGCCCUGCUAGGCCAGGAUGAGAGCAGGGCGUGAGUGAGAGACGGGCUGUCUUUGCAGAGCCUGGGUGGGGCCUGUGAUCUCUGGCUGUGGCUGGGGAGGGGGGUCCCCAGGGCUCUUCUGGGUCUCUGGCCUGGAACCUGCUGCUGCUGGGCACUGGGUCCCUCCCCUCCCCUCCCCUCCCCUCCCCCCAGCCAGGCUGAGACUUGGGAGUCCUGCCCCCCGGGGGAGCCAGCCUGGUGCAGAGCGUCAAGGCUGGGGCGGUCUGGGUCCCAGAGCAGGUCCUCUUGGGGCAGGACCCCCCUCCUCUCCCCAGGCCUGUCUGCAACUGCUGCUUUGGACCAAGAUUAAUGUAUUAGUGUGUCUGAGACCAAUAAAAGCCUCAGCUGG